UUUAUUAUCUGAACCAGAACCAUUAAACAGAGCAACGUAAACUUCUUCAUCUCCAAAGAGGGGUAAAAAAAAAAGAAAAAAAUUUAAGCUAGACCUCCAUAUCAAUGGCGGAAAACGACUCAAAAUCCAAUCUUUCCAUCGACCCAAGAAGUGGAUUUUGCCCAAACACCAAAAUCUUCCACAGCCUACGACCCAAAGUUCCUCUACCACCUCCUUCACAACCUCUCUCUCUCACCUCCUUCACUCUCUCUCUCCUCACCACCUCCACAACCACCAAAGACCUCGACUCCACCACCGUACUCAUCGACUCCACCACCGGAAACCGAGUCUCGUACUCUCUCUUCCUCCACCAAAUUCAUUCCCUCGCUUUCUCUCUCAAAUCCAUUCCCUCACUUUCUCUCUCCAAAGGUCAAACCGCUUUCAUUCUGUGCCCUGCUUCUCUCCACGUCCCUGUCGUUUACCUCGCUUUGUUGUCGUUGGGCAUCACAAUCUCUCCCGCUAACCCACUCAGUUCCGACUCGGAGAUCGCUCACCAGGUCCGACUCAGCCAACCCGUCAUCGCUUUCGCUUCCACUUCAACAGCCAAGAAGCUUCCAGGGAACUUACCAACCAUCAUCGUAGACUCUCCGCAAUUCCUCUCCAUGCUCGACAGGAACGACAGGGACGACAAUGUCGUAUCCCGUGUCGAGGAGGUGAGUCAGUCUGACCCGGCAGCCAUUCUCUACUCGUCAGGAACUACCGGGAGAGUCAAAGGAGUUUUGUUGACCCACCGGAAUUUGAUAGCUCUUCUCGCCGGAUUCUAUGCUCUCCGGCUAGAGGAGAAAAAAAAUGAGGAGGAAGAUAUCCAGCCCGUGUCGCUUUUCAGUUUGCCCCUUUUCCAUGUAUUUGGAUUCUUCAUGUUGCUCAGAGCGAUUUCGAUGGGAGAGACAUUGGUUUUGAUGGAAAGGUUCGAUUUCCAGGCAAUGCUGAGAGCUGUGGAGAAGUAUAGGGUGACUUACAUGCCGGUUUCUCCGCCGCUUGUGGUGGCUCUGACUAAGUCGGAGUUGGUUGAGAAAUAUGAUCUGAGCUCUCUCCGGUUGCUCGGUUGCGGUGGAGCUCCACUGGGGAAAGAGACUGCUGAAAAGUUCAAUGCCAAAUUCCCCAAUGCAGAAAUUGUGCAGGGAUAUGGUUUGACUGAGACUGGAGGAGGAGCCAGUAGGAUGAUAGACCCCGAUGAGUCGAAAAGGUAUAACUCUGUGGGCCGAUUAUCAGAAAAUAUGGAAGCCAAGAUUGUUGACCCUGAAACAGGAGAGGCAUUGCCUCCUGGUCAGAGAGGUGAACUGUGGUUGCGAGGUCCAACAGUUAUGCCAGGUUACGUAGGAGAUGACAAGGCAACAGCCGAGACUUUGACCUCGGACGGUUGGCUAAAGACUGGUGAUCUUUGUUAUUUCGACUCUGAUGGAAUGCUCUAUAUUGUUGACAGGUUGAAGGAAUUGAUAAAAUACAAGGCAUAUCAGGUUCCCCCUGCCGAGUUGGAACACAUACUUCUAACCAAUCCCAACAUUGCUGAUGCUGCAGUGGUUCCUUACCCCGACGAAGAGGCAGGGCAGAUUCCCAUGGCCUACAUAGUGAGAAAGCCAGGAAGCAGUUUAACUGAGGCUCAAGUUAUAGAUUUUGUUGCAAAACAGGUUGCACCUUACAAGAAGAUACGGCGAGUAGCAUUUAUCAACUCCAUUCCAAAAUCUCCUGCUGGAAAGAUAUUGAGGAGGGAGCUGAUCAGUCUUGCUCUAUCUAGUCCCUCAUCCAAGUUAUGAACAGCUUAUUCAUGCAUUACUGAGGAAGACUUGUUGAGAACCUGACUGCGUACAAUUUUUGACAAGUCAAUCUCUUAUUCUCUUUAGCACUUAAGGAAUGAAUUGAAAUUGCCAUUAGCGUGUGUAAAAUAGAGAGUUUUGAUCGUAUAGUAAUAGUUAUACUCUAUGAUUCAAUAUUACUGUAUUGAAUUCUUUUCGAGUGGAUCCUGAAGAAUUAUGUGUUUGUAAUAUAUCCCAUUUUGAUUCUUUUUGUGUUGGUUAAAA